AUGGUUAGAUCUAAAAGGGCUGAUUCCGCUGUAAGGGCUGAUUCCGCUAAUGGAAGAGUGUUCCCCAAUUUGGUAGUGGGUCUCGCAACGGGUCAAGUCGGUCCAGUUCUUCGUCCCAGAUCCACAGAGGCUACUCAAACGGAAAAUCAAGAAACUAGGGAUGUUAUUCCAAUAGCUCAACGAGGUUGUGCAGUUACUUGUGUUUUUCCUCCAGAAGAACUUCAAGUUCUUGUUGAAUGGCGUUUUGAUCUCAACAACAUUGCUGCAAAUGGGAUUGAUCUUCGUCCUGAAGUGCAGGCUCAAGACUGGGAAGGGUGCUUCCAUAGGCUACCUGGUCCAGUCUAUGACAAGCUGGUGAAGGAAUUCUUGAAGCAUGUUGAUUGUGAUGAGUAUCAAGUGAUUUCCUAUGUUCUGGGCAAGAGGAUCAUCAUCACUGAGAGAUCUUUUGCCAAGCUUCUGGGUGCAGAAACCAGUAAUGGUUACCUUUUUCAGUUACAGGAAUCAAAGGUCAAGACGAAAACCAAAGAAAAGGUCAACAAGGCGCUAUACUAUACCUGGAAACCAGGUAAAAAUGAUUGUAAGACAAAGGAACUUCACCCUGAUCUGAGGAUUUGGCACAAGUUCUUACUGAACUGCAUCAAUCAAAGGCUAAAGGGAAGUUCUCCAGACUAUAUCAACUUCACUCAGAAGGUGUUGCUUUACUUCAUCAAGGAACACACCAAAGUCUGUCUUCCUUACUUUCUGUUCUCCUAUCUCAAGGACUGCAUCAGAAAGUCAAGAACUACUGCUCCACCUAAGUCUGCAAUCAAAUACAUUCCAUUUGGCAAAUUGCUAUCUAAUUUCUUCAUUGAGAGCAAGUUGAUAAAGGCUCUGACCAAGGCUGGAUGCACUGAAGUUCUAACAACUAUUGUUGGAGAUGUCUUCACUCCUACAACAAUGAAGAGGAUGGGCCUGAUAGAUACAAAAGUUGAAGCUGACUCUACUACCAAAAAGUCUGAUGUUGUCUCUGAAGCUACUAGUAGCAAUCAUCCAUACUCACCUGAAACCAAACUCUCAAUCGUUCCCCAUACCUAUCUUGGACCAAACACCCUGCUUGAUUGCAUCAACUUAUUUAAUCAUAAAGCAUCUAUAAGGGUUCGCAACGUGCAUGGUCACACUGACCUCGGUGAGAAACCAGACAUGGUUGCUGAAGACUGGGAUCGUCUAUGCACUUGGAUGCUUGACCAAGUUGCAGUGAUGAUGGGUUUCCCUACUACUGAAAAGGAUCAAAGAGUUGAAGCUGCUAGCCAGCGCUUCAGAAGAAGAGAAGCGCUGAAUGAACAGAAGUUAAGAGACCAGCUCUAUGCUGCAAUUGAAGAAACAAGAAAGAAGAAAGAGCAAGAAGAAGCGGCAGCAAGGUUUGAAGCUGAACAACGCGAAGCUGCAAGGUUGGAAGCUCUGGAACAAGUUGCUAGACUACAAGCUGAAGCUGAUGCUCUUAGGAAUCAAGCACUUGUGAUCAUUCCAUUUACUGAUAUAGCCUCCACCUCUGCUCAAGUUCCUCACUCUGAACAAGGCUCUGCAAUUCCAUCCUUUGAUCAAGCCACUCCGUCUGCUUCAAAUCAGCCAGGAUCUUCCAGACUUGAUAAUGUUGAACGACGUCUUGAAACUCAAGAAGUUCUGGUAAAAAAUAUUGCAGAUAUGCUUGCUGAGCUUCUCCGCAGAACACCCAAGCCUUAG